AGAAAGUAGUGGAUAUUCAUCCAUUUUUUCAGUCAAGCAGCAUAUUUUGGCUUCAACUGCAACGGCAUGUUUUUUGACAAGAGAAAGAUUGCAUAUUCACAUCACCAUCAAACACUCCUUCUCGUCCAAGUGUUCAGUAGUACCCUUUUUCUCUUCUGCGUUGCUGGAAUAUAUAUUAAAGCUGCAAAAAACUGACGAGAAGAAGGUUCUGUCUUCUGAUAUGAAUGCAAAAGGCUCACCCGCUACUGUUAUGGAACCAACAGAGUACAUGGGGUUUAUGGAGGAGGACCCCAUCAUCAUCGAUAGAAGAAGAAGAAUAAGAAGAAACCAAAUAGGAAUGGAAGCCAAAGGUGGAGAAGUGAGACGUUUACACAUUAUUUACUUCCUUAGUCAUAUGGGUCGAGUUGAGCAUCCUCAUCUCGUUCGUGUACACCAUUUCAAUCGUAAUGGUGUCUAUCUGAGAGAUGUUAAGAGAUGGCUUUCGGAUCUGCGAGGAAAGGACAUGCCAGAAGUUUUCACUUGGUCCUACAAGAGGAGGUACAAGACAGGUUAUGUUUGGCAGGACUUGCUAGAUGAUGAUCUUAUCACUCCUAUAUCUGACAAUGAAUAUGUGCUCAAAGGAUCCGAAAUUAUCAAUACCCCAUUUGAAGUUAAAGAUCAUGGUUCACACUCUGAAAAAAAAGCUUCAAUAUUGAAAAAGCAACAGCCUGUUGAAGUUGGAGUCCUAGCUGAAGAAGAACACCUGGAGCAACCUUUGACUAAUGAAGAAUAUCAAAUACAGCCAGAUUCUAAAGUCAAUACCUCAACAGAGUUCUCUUCUGAAAUCACUGAAGAAUCAACUUGUUUCGGCUCUGAGAGGUCAACGUUAGCCAAUGAUUCACCGAAGCUUGAAGAAGAGAAGCAAGAGCAGAGUGAGAAAUUCGAAACUACUUCUUUUUAUUCAGCUCUGUUGAGUAGGAAGAAUAAAAAGAAGAGCAACAAGAACAAAGAGGAAAAUGCUGGUACACCAGCCUCAGCAUAUUCAUCAUCUUCGUCUUCAAAAUCCUCAUUUACAAAGAGCAAGACCUAUUCAGGUGGAGCUUCUAGCAUGAUUCGCAAUUUUAUUAGGUGUGGUGCUGUGGAUACCAAUGAUGCAGUUUUAAUCAUGAUGAACCGGGCAAACAGAACAAAGACUUGUGAAGAAGAGAUAUUGGGAGAGCAUGGGACUAAUUGGAAUCAAGAGGAGCAGCAGCAGCAACAACAACAACAAAAACAACAACAUCAAGAACAGCAGAAAGCUAGGGAAAGCUAUGAUGGAGGACAUGGUUCACAGAAGAAGCAUAGUGAAUUUUCUAAACAAAAGGCCGUUAACACUGCUUACAAGCCAGUGGCUGGGCCAAAUUGCUCGGUACCAUAGUCUGAAUAAAAUAUAUUGGCUUUGAAUCUUUUGACUGACCAAGCCCAACUGAGGUGCAUGAGACCCAAAAAUAGAUCAGAAUCAUCGGAAGUAAGUAGAAGAAAAGUCGAAUGCAAACCAGAAUCACUGGAGAGUAUGACAAGUGGUGAAGUGUUUAACCAAGUGGGCAUCUUUUUAAAGUCAAAGACUAAGCCUCAAUGGAAUAGGAUUACUUCAAAUCAGCACAAGUCAAAUUUCUGUUUCAGUUAAAAACAAAAUGAAAAUAAAAAGUACAUGAAUUGUUGAUUAUGAUAGGCAUUAAUACUACAAAUGAGUGUGGUCAAGUUAUGGUUAAUUAUA